AUGUCUACUGGGGCCUCUGGAUCUCCAGAGUCUGCCCGCCCGCGAGGAGUAAGCUCCCCAAGGCCCCAGGCUCGCUCUGCGGGCAUGGCCGAAAGGGCUCCCCGGAAUGAAAGUCUAACGGAUCUUGUACGCUUUUUUCAAACUCAGAAUGCUCCUGCGGAAAGCACUACUGCCCUGCCGACUUUUCUAUCACCCGAGAGACCGACGCCGGUCCCCGAGGAGGAGGUCACAAAAGAGCUGAAGCCUUUGCAUCGACGCCUACUUCAGUUUACCCAACGCCAGAAAAAGGAAACGACGCCAAAAACUAAGAAGGAGGAUAACCAGCGACAAAUCGAGGCUCUUCAGCGAGAAGGGUAUCUUCUCCCUGCAGCUCCCAAGCGAAGGGAUUCAAAGGGUAGUCUUGAAAGAACUCUGUCAAGAACUUCCAAGACUUCCAAAUCAUCAAAGUCGUCCAAGAUGCAAGACGUCGAAAACAUCGGCCGACCAUGGCUCGAUAAUAAAGGACACAGCAAGACGUCUUCAACAGACACCAGAAGCCGCUUGGCCUCAUUGGACCUCAGUGACUUCGGAUCUCUGGUGGAUGUCGCAGUUUCCAUGACGGAUUUCAAUGAUCCUUCGCCUCCACCUUAUCAAUCCUCGAUUGCAGGCAGGCCUGCAGCAAAGAGUGACAUGAGCGUGAACCUAACCCCGGCAUCUGAGCUUCCGACCCCAGUCUCGUCGCAGACUCGCUCCACCAGCACCGAUCCCUCGAUCUCGUCGACAUCCGUCGUCGCUACCCAGGGAAGUGGCCCGAAGAGUGAUCACACCCGGCAGCCUUCAAUUUCCAGCAAUUCAAGCGUUCGCAUUAUCGAUCAAGUCGUGGCGCCCUCCCUGACUAGCUCCAAGAGCGAACCAGCCAGUCUCGACAAAGUGGGAUCAUCGGACCAAUCUAUUAGCAGCGUGUCAAAGCCAGAUCAGAGCACAGAGCCUUCUAGAUCAAGUAUGGACACUUCGACCGCCAGUGCAAUUAGGAAUCCCUCACAGCACUCCCUCAAAUUGUUCCCUGAUGUUGCACCACCGCGUAUCUCCAGCAAGAAUGCAUGGCGACUAUCGUCGGUACCUCAAUACCAAAGGCCUCCUAGCCUAGCGCCCUCGGUCAAGUCAAACCUUUCAAUCGAGGCUAAGGAUCUCAUCAAGCCUACCGAAGAAAAGAUACAGAAGCCAAAGACUCCACCAAUCACCACGAAAGUUGAAGUUGAAGCUGAGAUUGAAGAUGCUGCUCAAUGCUCUGGCGCUCUCGCAACACCAGAAACCUCUGUCGAAAAACCCACCCAAGAAACUGUUGUUUCGAACGCCGUCGACAAAAUUAAGAGCAAACCUCGACCCACGUCGUUGGCCCUGGGUACCCUCCAGGCCUUCCCUCUUCCGGCGCCGACAAGGCCGCUGCCGUCCAUUCCCAAGCCUUCGCGUGCACCACCCGCAACCCCCGAUAAAUCCCGCCUCACAGUACAGAUGGCUCGGCAGAAGGCAAAGGGGAUGGAUUUACCCCCUGGUCAGCCUUCGCCCAUCGCAGAGGAUCCCCAUGAGCCGGAAAGUCAAGAAACCCGGUCUGCAACCGCGUUAGAUUUUGUUGGUGAGGCAGACUCGGUCGUGGAUGAUGGCAGUAGUCAGUCGCCUGCUUCAAUUGAGCGACCACAUUCGGCAUCACCAGAACAACAAGGACCUCGGAAGCGCGCUUCCAGCGUACGUAUUCCUAAGAUGCAGGAUCUUGUGGAGUCAAGCAGUCCAGAAGGAGAACCACUCGCAGAUUCGCCUGUUCUAGGCCAAAUGACACCGAGCAAGCAUCGUGGAAAGCGAGCUUCUCGCAAGGUUCUCCAGAUCGACCCAAAUGUCGACCGCAAAAAUCUCCCCUUUGGCCUUCCUUCUCCUCCACCAAGUGGAGCCCUUCCUCCCGAUCCAUCUUUACAAACAUCAAAUCACCGCAUCAAAGCCCAGAGGAACAUCACUGCUCCAUCGGGACAAUCUGCCAGAUCCUUGGAGGCGCCAUUCGGUCCUGCACACCACCGAGCCUCGAUGGUCUCACGCAGCAGCAGCUCUCGCAGUAGCCUCCGCCACGAGAGUAUCCCCGAGUCUUAUGAGCCUAGUCGAGCGGAGUCCCCACUUCCAUCCUCCGACGAUGAAGGGUUUGGCCCAGCUGCAGACACCAUCCGGCCUCGCCGCCAGGCUGAAAAACAACCUAAGCGUGCUCAUCCCGCCCGCCACAAAUAUGACACGGUGGACGGACGCACCGGACACACUCGGCUGCGAUAUCCUCUCCCAAUGCGGUCUCAAACACCUCAAGGUCGCAGCAGUCGUGACCUUGACCACCUCGCGUCCCCCAGUUCAAUCAACUCAGAAUCCACAUACCGCUCUCGAGAACCUCGAAGCAGUCGCCAUAUGCAACAAGAGCCCAACCAAUUUCUCGAAGACCGCGUCGCCAACCUGGAACGGCAGAAUCAAAUCCUGCAAGCCGCUCUCCUCGCUGCCCUCAACGCAGGCGUGAAGGACGGCGGAAUGAUGGACGGCUUGCAGGCUGCACUUUCUCCUCUGUCAGCUGCACCUCAAAACCCUUACCAGCGUCAAAGUCGAUACCAGCAGCAGCCGCAGUAUAGCUCCCGGCCGGAGAGCUGGGUUAGCUCUUCUCGCAGCAGUGAUAACAGUGGUUUCGAAACUCCGGGCUCAGUGCGAGACAGCCGGGCGAACAUUCGCCAGCUGGAUAACAUGAUCGAAGAUAUCGAGGCUGGCUGGCUGUCUGAUAAGUCGAGUAUGAGUGGGCCACCUCGCAUGGCUCGGAAUCGCUGA